AUGGAAAUAAAGCUGAAUUUGUUCAUUGCCUUUCUGAUGAUCUCUACAUAUUAUUUCACAGAGGUUUAUUCCCUAGUGGAAUUUACAAACGUUCAGUGCGAGUCUCUGGAUAAGAACUUUGCUUUAAUUGAAUAUUGUUAUCUGAAAUCUGUAAACCGAUCUUACAAAUAUGUUUCGAUUAAAGUUAACCUCCUAAAGAUACCCAUAUACAAAGUCAAGAUACGCUUUGGUCUCUAUAAACGAUUGACUGGAUAUAAGCCUUUUCUCUACAAUGCGACUUUGGAUGCGUGUAAAUUCCUUAAAUCGCCGAAUUCCAAUCCGGUCGCUCUUUUUUUUUUUCAGCAUGAUAUUGUGCUGGAUAAGAUGCCAUAUCAUAGCAUAAAUAAUAAGAUCACCAAAAUACUGCCCUUCCCAGAGGGAAAUUAUAUGAUUGAAAUACACUGGUUAGCCUACGAGAUUAAUAGAGCUAUAACCAAAUUGUAUUGGACACUUACUUGAUAAGACAAGGCGAU